AUGGAGAGGAGAGGAAUGGAAGCCGUAUUCAGCGAUCUCGAAUGCCUCUCCAUCAUUAUCGCCUGCCUCUCGCACGAUCUCGACCAUCGUGGCACUAACAACCAAUUCCAAAUUCGCACAAUGUCACCUCUGGUCAACCUCUACUCCACCUCUGUUCUGGAGCAUCACCACUUUGAUCAGUGCAUCAUGCUCCUCAGCACCAAGUGGGGUAGUGUGGGGUGGAUGUGUGAAGAGGGUGAGGGUGAGUGCGAGAAGACGGAUGAUGGGAAGUGGGAUUGGCAGGAGGAGGAGGAGAAGGAGGAGGAGGAGGGGUAG